GGAAUCGAGAACCGAAAAAUUCUAGACAGCGCCUUAACUGCUUCUUCUGAACUAACUUUCUGGAAAGGGGCGUGGCAGUCACGUGUAAACCUWAAGCCAUACUAUUCAUGGAUGACCAGUGGCUGGUCUCCAGCACAAAACGACGUCAACCAAUGGCUUAAAGUGUAUCUUACAAGUCCUCACCUUAUAACGGGUAUCGGUAYUCAGGGUCAAGGACGGACAACGCCCUCCAAUGAAUGGGUUACAAAAUAUAAACUAUCGUAUAGUGUUGAUGGAAAGACUUGGGUGUUUUAUAAGAUUGAUGGAGAAAUUAAGAAUUUCACAGGUAACUCAGAUGCAGACAGAAUUGUGAAGAACACCGUGUCKCAUCCAUUUUCAGCUGUUUAUGUGCGUAUUCAUCCAUUGGCUUGGAACAAUGCCAUUGCUCUUCGCUUUGAGCUUUACGGAUGUCUUGACUUGCAUGGAUGCGGCAAUAAGUUAGGAAUGGAAAAUGGAACUAUUCCAGCCAGUCACAUCACGUCAUCGAGUAAAUAUAACGACACAUUUCCAGCCCACCAAGCGAGACUCAAUAACAAGCCCUCCGCGAUUUAUUCUGGAUGCUGGAGAUCUGUUGCCACAGACUAUACGCCCUGGCUUCGUGUUGACCUUGGGAAAGCUUUCAAGGUCGUUGCUAUAGGAACCCAGGGGAAUCCAUCAGAUAAACAGUGGGUUACGUACUUUACUGUCCGGUAUGGGCAUGAUGGGAAGCAUUGGGCGGCUAUUUUUAACCAAGGAAUGAUUAGGUACUUCGUCGGUAACACUGACCAGAAUUCUGAACAUCAGAAUAUACUCCAAACAGCUGUGGUUGCACGGCAUAUGGCGAUAGAACCAAUCGUAUGGCAUGGAGCCGCUGCACUGAGGGUGGAAUUCUAUGGUUGUAGAAAAGAUGACCAAUGCAUGUCUUCACUUGGUUUAGAAGACCAUCGCCUGCCAAGCUCAUCCUUUAGCUCUUCUUCAUCUUACUCACAAUCAAACGGUCCUUCCAGCGCUCGUCUGAAUCUCCCUGCUACCUCAUCCAGUUCAAUAGGUGGUUGGGCUCCCAGAGAUGACGACAAGGCAUCAUGGGUCCAAGUGAAUCUUAGUCACGUGAUGGACAUUAGCGCAGUUGGAACCCAGGGUGGCGCGGUCAAUUGGUGGGAGGCUGGUACCUACCAGUAUGUUAAGACGUAUAAGCUUAGUUAUAGUAGGGAUGGGAAGCAGUGGAGUAUAUACAAAGAUAAGAACGGAGGGGACAAGGUGUUUGCUGGAAAUUCUGACCACAGUAGCGUUGUGGUAAAUAAACUGUCGCCAAUGGUASGAGCUUUAAUGAUACAAAUACAUCCAGUGACAUGGCAAACAAGACCCUUCCUACGAGCAGAGCUGUAUGGAUGUAAAGUGAGAAAUAGUAGCAAYGAUGUAAAUAUAUGUGAUUCCAAACCCUGCAAAAACCAAGCAACUUGCGUCCAAAAAGGCGACAACUAUACGUGCACUUGCCGUGUUGGAUACACAGGAAGACUCUGCGGAAUUGAUAUUGAUGAAUGCGUKAGCACGCCUUGCAAAAACAAUGGAACAUGCACUGAUCACGUGAACAACUACACCUGCACAUGUGACAGUGGUUUUACUGGAAGAAACUGCGAAAUAGACAUUGAUGACUGCGCAAACUUACCUUGCAAGAACAAUGCAACAUGCACUGAUCACGUGAACAACUAUACGUGCACAUGUGACAGUGGUUUUACUGGAAGAGAUUGUGAAAUAGACGUUGAUGAUUGUGCAAAGUUGCCUUGUAAGAACAAUGCAACAUGCACCGAUCACGUGAACAACUACACUUGUACAUGUGACAGUGGUUUUACUGGACGAAACUGCGAAACAGACAUUGAUGACUGCGCAAAGUCGCCUUGCCAGAACAACGCAACAUGCACCGAUCACGUGAACAACUACACCUGUACAUGUGACAGUGGUUUUACUGGAAGGAAUUGUGAAAUAGAUAUUGACGAUUGCGCAAACUUACCUUGCAAGAACAAUGCAACAUGUGCCGAUCACGUGAACAACUACACCUGUACAUGUGACAGUGGUUUUACUGGAAGAGACUGCGAAAUAGAUAUUGAUGAUUGUGCAAAAUUACCUUGUAAAAACAAUGGAACAUGCAUCGAUCACGUGAACAACUACACGUGUGCAUGUGACAGUGGUUUUACUGGACGAAACUGUGAAACAGACAUUGAUGACUGCGCAAACUUACCUUGUAAGAAUAAUGCAACAUGCAGUGAUCACGUGAACAACUACACCUGCACAUGUGACAGUGGUUUUACUGGAAGGAAUUGUGAAAUAGGUAAUGAAAGAUAUCUAUUUGCUCACCGUGAAUUAAAUUGAAAUNACAUUGAUGACUGCGCAAACUUACCUUGUAAGAAUAAUGCAACAUGCAGUGAUCACGUGAACAACUACACCUGCACAUGUGACAGUGGUUUUACUGGAAUAAACUGCGAAAUAGACAUUGACGAUUGCGCAAACUCACCUUGUAAGAACAACGCAGCAUGCACCGAUCACGUGAACAACUACACCUGCACAUGUGACAGUGGCUUUACUGGAAGGAAUUGUGAAAUAGAUAUUGACGACUGCGCAAACUCACCUUGUAAAAACAAUGCAACAUGCACUGAUCACGUGAACAACUACACCUGUACAUGUGACAGUGGUUUUACUGGAAGAGAUUGUGAAAUUGAUAUUGAUGACUGCGCAAACUCACCUUGCAAAAACAAUGCAACAUGCACUGAUCACGUGGGCAACUACACCUGUACAUGUGACAGUGGUUUCACUGGAAGACACUGCGAAAUAGAUAUUGACGAUUGUGCAAAGACACCUUGUAAAAACAAUGCAACAUGCACCGAUCACGUGAACAACUACACCUGUACAUGUGACAGUGGUUUUACUGGAAGGAAUUGUGAAAUUGACAUCGACGAGUGCCAAAGUUCUCCCUGUAAAAACAACUCAACAUGUACUGAUCACGUGAACAACUACACGUGCACAUGUGUUCGUGGUUUUACUGGAAGACACUGUGAAACAGAUAUCAAUGAAUGUCAUAGCUCUCCAUGUCUGAACAACGGAACAUGUGUUGAUCACGUGAACGGCUUCACCUGCACAUGUGGUCGUAAUUUUACAGGAAAAUUCUGCRAGAAGCGUAAUCUACCAUGCUCUAGCAGCCCUUGUAUGAAUUCUGGUAUGUGUUUUAAUAAAYUACCCGAUUCGUUUUGGUGUCGUUGUCGGUAUGGCUAUGGAGGAGAUCAAUGUGAAAUAGUUCUGAGUCCUAAUAAGGAAUGUGGUCGUCGGGUGGAGAUGCGUAUCGUCGGUGGUAUGUCGGCGUUUCCAGGUUCCUGGCCAUGGCAGGUCGCACUAUUYGCCCAUGGUGAAAAACAGCAYUACUGCGGUGGAUCCCUCAUAUCCAAGGAAUGGGUCAUCACAGCGGCUCACUGCGUUCUUUUCCGACGGCCUCACGAGAUAUWYAUCGUGCUCGGAGACUUUGACGUCAGUAAAGUCGAAGGAAACGAAGUCUUCCGAAAUGUCUCGGCAAUACUGAGCCAUCCUAAUUACAAAUGGUGGACGAGCAACUACGACGUUGCMCUGAUAAGACUAUCUAAGCCAUUAGCCAUGUUUAAUCGACACAUAUACCCYGUGUGCCUCCCCCUGAAGUCGACACUCCCCCCUGUUGGUACAAAGUUCACUAUUACAGGGUUUGGGAGRUUAAAGCAUGGAGGRAAUAGACCUACUUUACUUCAACAAGCCGARGUACCCCUUGUAUCCCAUGAUUCAUGUGUGGCAGCGUAUAAAGGAAGAGCYGUUAUMACCAAGCAAAUGAUGUGUGCYGGGUUUGCUAAAGGAGGGAUAGAUGCCUGUCAGGGGGAUAGUGGGGGUCCGUUUGUAAAGAUGGAGUCUAACAAUUGCUGGUAUUUGUAUGGGGUGAUUAGUUGGGGGAUAGGSUGUGCCGAUGCUAAUUCGUACGGUGUUUAUGCAAAUAUACUGAAAGUAAGAUCUUGGAUCAAAGAUAAAACCGAUAUAUAGAAUAAAUACUUGUAGAYCAAAGUACAACUUGCGAUAUACAACAGGAGUUUUAAAAGAUUUCAGCUUGUGAAACCAUACGUCUCCACAAUGGCUCUCAACACGAAUAAAAAUGAUUCUCAGUAUUUCUUAAAAUAUAUAUUUUUAUUUAGUUUGACAAACUAGUAAAUCUCUGAUUCCAGUCACCAGGAAAAAGUACUUAUAUCCAGCCGAUUGCGUUCCUCAGCCAGGUAUUAUUAAAAUGGAUUUCUGUUUUCAAUAGUAGAAGAAAAACAAUUCAAGCGAAUUUUUUGUUAUAGAUUUACUUGAGUUAAGAAGUUAAUAUAA